CCCCUGCUAUAAAUGUGUGCCUCUAAGUUUGUUUUUCUUCAAUGUCCAUCUCUACACUAGCUAGAAAGAACAUGGCACAAUGGAUUAUAAUUUCUUUAAUUAUUGUAUUGUUGUAUGCAGAUUUUAUAUAUGGCCAAGUAUCAACUCAAGAGGAAUUAGAUGACAUUGCUAGGAAUUUAAGAGUUGAAGUUCAUGUUAUUGACAAUUUGCAAUUCAAUGGGAAGAAGCACCUUUUCAGAAUUAUAUUUGAAAAUAAAGGGUCCCAUUCUUUAUCAGGGUUAAACUGGAAAAUCUUCUUCUUCAGCUUUUUCAUUAUUGAAGACGAACAUAUCUUAUCACCCGAUGGAAACAGCAUUUUACCCGGGGGAUACAUACUUAAUGAAUCAAAACUUAGAAUUGAUCAUGCUAAAGGUAAUUUAUAUUCACUUACCCCUGUUGAAGAUUUCAUGGAAAUUAAACCUAAUACAACAAGAGAAAUACGUUUCUUUGGGUCGAACUGGGCAAUAUCAAAAUCCGACAUACCUCCAAACUGGUAUAUAACUGUCGAUGGGUUAUCGCCUCGUGUCUUUGAAAGUACAUCAGGUGAUUUUGUUGGGUAUUUUAAUGAACCAAAUCAAUGGAAGAGAACACAAUUUGACCUUUACGACCCUUAUUCGCCGUUAGAUCGAUUUGAAAAAUAUAAAGAUAUCAGGAAAAAUCCCAAGAAAAAAAUUGCAAUACCAACGCCUAAAUCUGUGAUUCAUCAUGAUGCCUUGGAAACAUUAGAUAUGAACGGAGAUGUUAAAAUUGUUCACAAUGGAUUCACAGUUGAGGCAUCAUACCUGGCAAAUAAAACAACAUUCAAACCAGUGAACUCAAUUGUGACAGGCACAGUAAAUAUACAUCUUACUGCGAACGCCACAAUGACUGAAUUCGAGGGAUAUACUCUUGAAAUUGAUCCUCCAUCCAAAACCAUACGUAUAACUUCUAAAACCAAUGCUGGGAUAUUUUAUGGAGUCCAAACCUUAUUGAGUAUACUUGCUGACGGAUAUAAAAUACCAAAGCUUCUCAUAAAAGAUGAGCCUCGAUAUGAAUUCCGUGGUAUGCAUAUUGAUAUUGCAAGAAAUUUUAGACCAAAGUCAACAUUGUUAAAUCUUUUGGAUGCUAUGGCAACAUAUAAAUUAAACAAACUCCAUCUCCAUGCAACUGAUGACGAAGGCUGGAGGUUAGAAAUCAAAGAUUUACCCGAGUUAACGGAGGUUGGUUCUAAGCGUUGUCAUAGUUCAUCUGAAAAUGAGUGUCUAAUUCCACAGUUAGGGUCAGGCCCUGAUAACAGUACUUCUGGGAGUGGAUAUCUUUCAAUUCAAGAUUACCAAGAAAUACUAAAAUAUGCCAAGGAUCGUCAUAUUGAAGUUAUACCAGAAGUUGACAUGCCGGGACAUUCACGCGCAGCAAUAAAAGCAAUGGAAAUAAGAUACAAACGGCUUAUGCACAAUAACCAAAAGGCAGAUGCUGAAAAAUUUAGACUUUUCGAUCCAUCUGAUUCCUCAACAUAUUUAUCAGUUCAAUAUUUCGGUGACAAUGCUCUUAGUCCAUGUAUUGAAAGUACUUUUAAUUUCGUUGAUAAAGUGGUGAAGGAAAUAAAAGCUAUGCAUGAAAGUGUGGGAACACCAUUAAAAAUAUUCCAUUUUGGUGGAGACGAGGUUGCCAAAAAUGCAUGGUCAAACUCGACAUCAUGUAGAAGGCUUGGUUUUAACAGCACAAAAAGAAAUGAAAUUCGAACGAGUUUGAAAAAAAUGUUUGCACAACGUGUUGCUAACAUUACACACAAACACGGAUUGAAUCUUUUAGGUUGGGAAGAUGGUUUCUCGGAAGGAAAAGGAAAGCCGUUUGACAGAGCGUUAUUUCCUAACGCUGAUGUCUAUAGCAACGCUUGGGAUAAUGUAUGGGAAUGGGGUGAAGCAAGAAGAGCUUACAAUUUUGCAAAUGCUGGAUAUAAGAUAAUCAUGUCACAUGCAACGCAUUUGUAUUUUAAUCAUCCUUAUGAACCGGAUCCGGAAGAAAGAGGACUUUACUGGGCUCCGAGAUUUACAGACACAUUUAAGACAUUUGGGUUUAUGCCAGAUAAAUUAUACGAAAAUAUUGACAUAAGCAGAAUGGGUGCACAAUUGAAUCGAUCUAAAAUCUGUGGAGAGAAUGAUGUAAAUUGUCCGAGUCUGCAAGUGCCAGAACAUAUUAUCGGAAUGCAAGGUCAUUUGUGGAGCGAAACAGUGCUUACAGAGUCUAAUUUUUAUUACAUGGUAUUUCCAAGGUUAUUAGCUUUGGCUGAACGAGCUUGGCACAAGGGCUUAUGGGAAGAUGAAAUUUUGAAAAAUAAACGAGACCAGAAAAUGAAAGAAGACUGGGGUGAUUUUGCAGAGACACUAGGAGACCGGGAAUUGAAACGAUUAGAUGAAAUGGGUAUUGAAUACAGAAUUUCUCCUCCUGGGGCAAGAGUUUCAGGAAAUACAGCGAUAGUAAAUGGAGAAUAUAAAUCCUCACAUAUAGAGUACAGUAAUGACAGUGGCAAAAUAUGGAAGAUGGUUCCAAGAAAAUGGAACCUAACUGACAAAUUUGACGUACUGUUACGAACAAAGCAAGUCUGUUGA